AUGGCGAAGUCGUCGAAAAGUGCCAAGAGGGCCAAAAGGGCGCACUCGGACACUGCUCCAACGCGCAGGGAGCCCGAGUACAAUGUAGUGCACGUGGAGCGCCUGCUAGAGGUGGAACGGCGACGUAUCAAACUACCUGCCUGCAUGAUGGAGCAGGAGAUAGUCGAUGCGGUGAAGCACAACGACAUCGUGGUCAUAACGGGCGACACUGGUUGCGGCAAGUCGACGCAGGUGCCGCAGUUCCUAUACGAAAAUGGGCUGUGCACUGACGACGGGAUUAUCGGGGUGACGCAGGUCAGGCGUGUUGCCUGCCUGGCGCUGUACCAGCAGGUGUCGCUGGAGCUCAAUUCGAAAACGCUUGUUGGCUACCAGUACCGCUUCAACAGGGGGUUCAACCAGCGGCUCUGCAAAAUAAAGUUCAUGACUGACGGCAUUCUCCUGCAGGAGAUCAAGGAGGACCUCUUGUGCACCCGCUACAGCGUGAUCAUCAUCGACGAGGCGCACGAGCGGAACCUGAACUGUGACAUUUUAAUAGGCGUACUGUCGCGUGUGGUGCAGGUUAGGCGCGAACAGUUCGAAGCUGGCGUCCCUGGUGUCCAGCCCCUGAAACUGGUCAUAAUGUCAGCGACCAUCCGCGCCGAAGAUUUUCUUGAGGCUAAAAUUUUCAACGGCAAAGUUGCGCACCUGCAUAUCGCAACGGAAUUCAAGCGAAACACCAUCCAUUUCGCCCGCAGGAGUGUCCGUGAUUACGUCGCCGACGCACAGGACAAGGUGCUUAAAAUCCAUCAGCGGUUACCACCGGGCAGCGUCCUUGUGUUCCUCACGGGCAAGGACGAACUGUAUCGGCUGAAGCGGUUGCUGUCGCCGUACGAGCAACGUGCAUCGGCGGCUCCCAGUGCCGCAACGCAACAGCCAGAAGAGCCCGACGACGACGACGCAAUAUUUGAGCUGGAGAGCGACAGUGACACGGAGGAUGAGCAAGGGCGUCGCAGUAGUAACAAGGAUGAUAGCGGUGAUGAUAAUAUGUACAAUGAUGAUAAUGAUAGCGGUAAUAAGGAAAAACAACCGGGUGCGGAUGGCAGUGACGAAAAGGCUGAAGGACUGGACGCUGUUGCUACGGACGCAGCACCGGUGGCGAACGACGAAAACCAAGAUGCAGAUUCUGUACAAGAAAGGGGUGGUGAAUCGGGCGUCCAAAUCCAUAUACAUGGCAUAACGACGGAAACAGGCGACCAUAAUAUGGUAGCGUUAAGUGAAAACGAUCGAUCGACAACUGUGUCAGACAGCACAUCAUCAGGCGAUCGACCGGACCCCUCUAAAUACUCAAAUGCAGAAACUGAUCUCAAAGAGAGCAAAGAUGAAGAAGAUGGCGCCAACAGGGGUCAGGUAACUGACAAGGAUGACAUUGGUGACGUUGCCGAGGACGAGGGUCAUCUGGAUGCGGAAUCAUCCCGGAGGGUCAUCACCGGUGAUUCCGACACGGAGCCGGAGGACGAAGCAGAGAAGGCCUACCACGUCGAGCUGGAGGUUUUGAGCAGGAACUACAAACGUCUGUCCGACAUCAAGUGGCACGGUUCCGGAGCUGGAGCCGGAACGUUACGGGUCGUGGUGAUGCACGCUUCACAGACCAUGGAUGCUCAGAUGACGGCAUUCACGUUGCCGUCUGACAACGAACGCGUCGUGAUACUGUCCACAAACGUGGCAGAAACGGCCAUUACACUGCCCAAUAUCAGGUACGUCGUCGACUGCGGGAAGGAGAAACGCCGGGUGGACGACAUUUCGAGAGGCGUGUCCCGUUUCGUGGUUUGUGACAUCAGCAAGGCAUCCGCCGGUCAACGCUCUGGGCGUGCAGGCAGGGUGGGCAGCGGCCAUUGCUACCGCCAGUACACCAGCAGCACUUACGAGACGCUGUUCGACGACUACUCCCCCGUAGAGAUAGCCAAUUGCAACCUCGAAUCGACCAUUUUGCUAUUAUCGGCAAUAGGAAUAGAGAACCCGUACGACUUCCCGUUCCUGACGCCCCCUCCGCUGGACAACAUCAGGUCGGCGCUGCAGGCGCUCGCUGCACUGGGUGCAAUCGAAACGCCGCGCCAACUGGCUGAAAGCCGGCACAGCGCGCAGAACGAGGUCACGGCCAACCCGUUCAAAAUACCGCCCUCCUACCCCUACAAGACGUCUUACGAGGUUUUAGAGCGGAUACGUGCUGCGCGCAUAACGCAACUGGGACGCUACCUUGCGCUGCUGCCGCUCCACCCUCGCUUCGGCAAGAUGCUUUACUCGGUGGUGUCGAGGGGCGCAAACGCCGACGAUCUGCGAACGGCCUGCUGCGUGAUUUCGGCGCUAUCUUUUGGCGCCGCUAAUUUGGUAAACCCGCGCAUCCCUGGGGGGGACGACAACCGGAAGCCAAUACCGUCGCUGAGAAGCGAUGUUGAGUUGUUCAUAUGGAUUUGCUGCAGGUACUCCCAGACAACCGGCAACGGCGGAUCGUCCUUCUGCAGCCAGUACGACAUAAACGAGCGUCUUUUGCGCGAGGUGUUCCAGCAAGCGGAGCAGCUGUACCGUGCAGUGCGGGCGUCGUUGGGCAGCCAAGCGCAGCACCUCGACGCUGACUGGAGCGGCCCACUGUCAACGCCCAACCGCAGCGCGAAGCAAAUUAUCGAAGCCGCGAUUGUGGAGUGUCUCGUGGACAAGGUGGCGGUGCACGCGAGCCGGUUGUCCAAUGACGCCCAUGCGGCUGCCACCAACGCGUACCGCACGAGCGCCCUAACCGCGCUGCGUAGGGACGUAUUCCUGCCGCGGACAUACUCCCGCCACAAGCCCGAAUGCGUCGUUUACGUCGGGCUGGUGGGCGACGAGAAGAUCAAGAUGCAAGACGUGCUGCCCACCGACGCUGCAACGAUCUGUACACUGCGGUCGCCGAUGAUAGUUGCCAACAGCAUCCACAAGGCGCUGCCGCCCAGGUACAACGCCGAGCACGACUGCGUGGAAGCAUUCGUCAACAAGGUUUAUGCGCCACUGGAGUUCCCGCUGGGCAUCGCAAAAGCGGCGUUGAACCCUGACCACCCGUUGGCAACGAGAACGUUUGCACAGCAGCUCUGCCUGGGCAACGUGUUCCCCGCGCUGAGGCAGUUCUCAGGGGCGCUUAUUGUGAGCGAAGCGGAUUUCCUGGCACCAACAAAGGCCAAAGGGCCACUGGCGACCCUCCUACUGGCGUUACGGCGCUCACGCGUGAGCAGCCGUGCAACGUUCCUCGCCGCCAGCCAGCAAGAUGCAAAUUUCCUGCUGCACGAGUUCCGAGGAAUAAUUCGUGCUGGACACGCGGAUCACCAGGCUGUGGAAGAGGCAUUCAGGAGCAUCAGGGAAGACAGGGUGUACGGCGCAACCCAGGUGUAG